UCUUCAUCAUUUUUGACGGAAAAUUGAAGCAUUGAAAUAUCAAUUGUGAAUCGCACGUGAGGAGAUCUUUCAAUUUGGAAAAAAAAUGGCUAUGCAUAUACCGAAAGCGCCGGGCAUGGCCCAAAUGCUUAAAGAAGGAGCCCGUUAUUUCUCUGGUCUAGAAGAAGCUGUAUACAGAAACAUACAAGCUUGCAAACAAUUCAUGCAAACUGUGAGAACUGCGUAUGGACCUAACGGCAUGAAUAAAAUGGUGAUCAAUCACAUCGAAAAAUUAUUUGUCACUAAUGAUGCUGCGACGAUUAUUAACGAAUUAGAAGUUGAGCAUCCGGCUGCUAAAUUAUUGGUUUUAGCAUCGAAGAUGCAGGAAGCAGAAGUCGGCGACGGUACAAAUUUUGUUAUAAUCUUUGCUGGGGCUCUUCUUGAAGCUGCAGAAGAAUUACUACGCUUGGGAAUUACUACAUCUGAAAUAGUCGAAGGAUACGAAGCCUCGCUAGAGAAAGCAUUAGAAAUAUUGCCGACGCUAGUUUGUUACGAAAUAAAAGAUUACAGGGACGAGAAAGAGGUAAAACUUGGAAUAAAAACAGCCAUCAUGAGUAAACAGUAUGGCAACGAGGAUCCUCUUACUUCUCUUGUCACAAAGGCCUGUGUAUCCAUUCUACCUGAGAAAACCACUUUCAAUGUAGACAAUGUACGUGUAUGUAAAAUACUUGGUAGCGGCUUAUCUAGCUCCGAAGUUGUACACGGAAUGGUAUUCAAACGGCAAGUAGAAGGAGACGUUACGAGAAAAAACAACGCUAAGAUCGUUGUUUUUACCUGUGCGGUGGAUAUUGUGCAAACCGAAACAAAAGGAACUGUAUUGAUAAAAUCCGCGGACGAACUGAUGAAAUUCUCUCGGGGAGAAGAAUCUUUGUUGGAAAGCCAAAUAAAAGCGAUAUCCGAUAGUGGAGCUACUGUAGUAGUAUCUGGAGGAAAGUUUGGUGACAUGGCCUUACAUUAUAUGAACAAAUAUAAUCUGAUGGCUGUUCGUAUACCGAGUAAAUUUGACGUUAGAAGGCUAUGUAAAACUGUCGGAGCUACUGCACUUCCAAAAGUGGUCCCACCGUCAAAAGAAGAAUUGGGGUAUGCAGACUCUGUGUACAUUGACGAAAUAGGAGAUAACAUUGUAGUGAAAUUUGCAAUAAACGGCAAGGACAGUCGUGUCAGCACGAUAAUCGUUCGGGGAUCCACUGAGAACUACAUGGAUGAUAUUGAACGUGCGAUUGAUGAUGGGGUGAACACGUUCAAGGGAUUAACAAGAGACGGAAGAUUCUUGCCUGGCGCAGGAGCUACUGAAAUUGAAUUAGCUUCGCAGCUUGUCACUUUCGCAGACACCUUGCCGGGUUUGGAACAAUAUGCAGCACGUAGAUUUGCAACCGCAUUGGAAAUAUUUCCAAAAACCUUGGCAGAGAAUAGUGGAAGUCAUGCCUCCCAACUGUUAUCGAAACUUUAUGCGGCGCAUAAAGAGGGCAAGAAGAAUUCUGGAUUUGACAUUAACGAAAAAAGUACAGAGGUUCUUGAUGUCGUAGAAGCUGGUAUUUUGGACCUGUUCUUAACGAAGGAAUGGGGGUUGAAAUACGCUGUCGGUGUUGCAUGUACAAUCCUUAAAGUCGAUCAAAUUAUAAUGGCGAAACGUGCUGGAGGUCCAAAAGUACCGAGUGGCGGCGUGCGCGAUGACGACGACUAAUAAAUAUAUAAAAUCAUCAUAAUUCUCAAUCUUUGCGUUUAACUUACAAUGUUGCAUUUCAUCGGCUUUCGGUGCGUUGAACUUCAGUGUUACGCGAGAAACGUUUUUGUAAAGACGUUCAUGCAAUCGUUUGUGCGUAUGAUGUUAGUGCUUCACACCAUUUUUUUAACGAAACACAUAAGCAGUCCACGAACAAAAUUAAAAUACACAUUAUUUUAUACUUUCCUUAAAACAUGAAUGCAAUUCUGAUGUAUUUAAUAAAAUUCUAAUUA